AUGCUAUGUUUAGAUAAAGAAGAUGAAAUAAAAAUUUGGAAAAAAACUUACGUGCCAAAAAAUGAACACAAGGGAAAUAAUAGUCACAUCGACGGAAAGUUCAAAGAUGAAACAAAAGAUUUAUCUGAUCACCAGAAUGAUCAAAUUGGUAAAAUUGGCAAAAAUGUUCAAAUUGACCAAACUGCCCAAAGAGGCCAAGAUGAUUCUCCUGUGGGAAGCAAAAAUAAAAGUGAUAUCAUCGAUGAAAAUUUCAUUGAUGAAUCAAUUUACAUAAGUUCAAGCACAUGUAAUUCCUUUGUCUUUAUAAUAACAAAAUUUUGUUUCUAUUUGUUCGAUAAUUAUGACUUUUCCUUCGUUAGCAUAUACGCUUUAAAGCAUGAACAUGUGCAUAAAUACGGGUAUCACAACAAGGUGUUUUUAUCACCGUUCGAUAACACCAUAUAUAUAAUAAGCUCAAAUUUUAAAUAUGUAUAUGCUUAUAAUAUAGAUAAUAAGAACAGCUUUGUUAUGUUAGAUUAUGAAAAAAAUGCACAUUCGAUAAACAUCAACGAAUAUUCUGAUGAUGAUUCUAGUGAAAAUGAAAAUGAAUACUAUGCAUACAUCACCUAUAUCAAGAAAAUGUAUAGAAAAAAAAAAAUUCAUAAAUAUGUGAGUAUAAAGCUAAUAACGGUUCUGCAUAUACCCAUUCCUUCAAAUUGUCUCGUUAUAACGAAAAGUAUUAUUUUAUUUUUUUCUCAUAAAAAUGAUGAAAUAUUUAUUUCUGAUAAUGCCAAAGCUGUUUUAGCUGCCUCUACACGUCAAGCAAGGGGGGACUCUCACAACAGAAUUAUCGAAAAAGAGAACAGAAAUGUGGAAAAUAAUAUGAAUGCCAACAGAAAUGGGAACAGGGAUGGAAGAAAUAAUAAUGUUAACAAACUUGUUAUGAACACACACGUUGUAAGCCUUAAGAAAAUUUAUUUUAGGAAAGGAACAAGACAUCGUACAAGUGCAGCCAAAACCUUGACAAGAAAAAAAAAAAAGGAAAAAAAUAUAACUUGUAGAAAUGUACAAGUUCUCCCAGACACCAAGUACAUUUUGAAUCGACUCAAAAGAGCAAAUAAAAAAAAAAAAAUUCCCAAAAAAAAAAAUUGCUAUAUUUAUUAUUCCCCAAAAAAAGGAUGGAGAAUUAGAAUGCAUGUGGGGAAGUUUACCCCCUGUCUGCAUGUACGAGCGUGCUGCAACAAAUUGAGACGUAUUUUGCUCACAUUGGGAAGGCACCAAAAGGGGACCCCAAAGAAAAGGAAUACCACUAAUAGUAACAGGAAUAGUAACCGAAAUGGUAACCGAAAUGGUAACCGAAAUGGUAACCGAAAUGGUAACCGAAAUGGUAACCGAAAUGGUAACCGAAAUGGUAACCGAAAUGGUAACCGAAAUGGUAACCGAAAUGGUAACCGAAAUGGUAACAGAAAUGGUAACCGAAAUGGUAACCGAAAUGGUAACCGAAAUGGUAACCGAAAUGGUAACAGAAAUGGUAACAGAAAUGGUAACAGAAAUAGUAAUAGUGCUGCUUAUAGCAGUAGUAAUAGUAAAUGUAACAACGAUGACAUUACCAAGCAAAUGAAGAUGAGCAAGGGUAGCUGCAAAAUAAUGUACCUGCACAGUGAAAACGGAGAUAGCAACCUGUAUAAGUUUAUAAAAAAUAAAAAUCCAGAUAUCCGAAAGAAUAGCAAAUACAGGAAAAAAAUUUCCAUAAAAGGAAUCGCAAAGGUAGAAUUUAGCAUGCACAAUGAUUAUGUAUUACUACUAUGUCGUGAAGGAAACUUCUAUAUCUUUUCCUUUUACCACAAAUUUUUUAACGUUCCUAAAAAUGACUCUUGCUAUUAUUCGGGAAAAGAUGUCCACGUGAGACACUUCAGUGGGGAGAAGGUGGAAGAGAAGAGAGGUCAAAAUAGACAAAAAAAAAAAAAACAGAACGAACAGGUAGGAGAAGAAGUAGAAGAAGAAGUGGAAGAAGAAGUGGAAGAAGAAGUGGAAGAAGGCGAAGAAGGAGAAAUGAAAAAUGCCAGCAAUAACUAUUACAGUCGUGCUAAUGGUGGAUACGACCAAAAUGAUCAAAAAAAUUAUCACCGUCGCAAGAAGAAGAUAUGCAGUGAUAGUAAUUUAAAGUAUAAGAAAAAGGAACCAAUCAUUGGUAUAUUUGUAGGUUCCUCCAUAUUAGACAUAAGCAUGAACAUAUAUAGAAAAAUUAUUUUAGUGAUAACCGAAGAUUGUAUCAUAACAGCAUAUGCUACAUAUCCGUACAUAUGCAAACAUACAUUUAAAAAAAGUAUAUUCACAAUAGAUAUGUUUAAUGCAUACAGCAAUCCGCAUAACUUCUACAAUUUUGUACUAUGGAAUAAACAACAAAAUUUUUUCCUCAUAUCUGUAAAUAAUAACAGUUAUUAUAUUUUUAACACAAAUGGAACUUUAUAUUAUUCGAUGAAGAAUGGUUCUUAUUCUUAUCAGGAGUCGAAGGAACAUGUAUACGAACAAGAGAAGAAUCAUGAGGUCAGCUUACUUGAGUCAAUUAAUGAUGAAAAAAAUGUUAUAUCAUCAGCAACUGAUACAAGAAUGGAUGCAGAAAAACAAUUGGGAGGUGACUCAAAUUAUUCCAGUGCACUAUAUGAAAACACCUUAACUUGGAAUAGAAGAACAAAAUAUACAUACAUAUUUAAGAAGAAUAGGUUACAUAAUGGUGCAAGAUGCAAAAUGAAAUACGCACAUGUAAAUGUAGCCUUUGUCUUUAACGAUUUCAAACUGUUUUAUGUUAAAAUGGAUGAUAAAAAGUAUUACUACAUCAAAGUAAAAAAUAUUUUGUACCUAAAUGACAUAUACAGCAAUAAUAAAAUAUUUCAUUAUAAUAGUAAUUAUUACACAAAUGAUAAGUGCCAAAAAGUCUACAUAGGUUUAAAUAAGGCAGUUAUGUUUGAUACAAAUAUAAAUAAUUUUAAUUUAAGUGAUAAUGAGAAGAAUGUAGUAAAUAUAAAUGAAAUUAUAACUCCUUUCAAAUAUCUAAAAAAGUCCUACUUAAACUUUAGUAAUACAUAUAUGUUAAUUAUUUUCAAAUCAAUAUGUAUUUAUAGUUUUCAAAAAAAAACAUUUUCUUAUUUUGUUGAUGAUUAUCUAAAAUUUUUUUUUCAUAACUAUCCAUCUGGAUGGAUUUUUGAUGAUGUUCUUUUCGUUUCCUGUUUACAUAAUAGAUACGAUGAAAACAAUUUUAAACAUUUCAAAAAGAAAAAAGAUCAACCUCAUAAUAAGAAUAGCAUAAUUUUCAGACGGACGAUGACUAGGGAAUCCAGCAUCAACUUCGAGUUCUUCAACAUGGAUUAUGGAAAUUCGGAGGUUCGCACUCCUCCCUAUGGGAUACCUGAAGGUGGGCUUCAUGAGGGAAAAAUUGGAGAAGUGGGCAAAUCGGAUGAAGUGGACGAAGCAGAUGAAGUGGAUGAAGUGGACGAAGCAGAUGAAGUGGAUGAAGUGGACGAAGCAGAUGAAGUGGACGAAGCAGAUGAAGUAGACGAAGCAGAUGAAGUAGACGAAGCGGACGUGAAGAGUCGGUUCAAAGAAGAAUAUAUUCGACAACGCAAAAGAUCAAGGCGAGUUAAAAAAACUUACGCAAAAACGGAAAUAGCUCAAUCGAACAAAGAACAAUACAUAGAGGAGGAGAAAAUAUUGAACUACCUCUUUAACUUUAACCACAGCGAAUCCGAUAUGUAUUACAAAUAUUUUGAAGAGUACUUUAAUAACAACAAAGGGAACAUAUACAGAAAACCCUUUUCCACAUUCUACAACAAUUUCUUUCUGAAGGAAGAACCGAAUGUGUUUUUAGACACUUAUUUAAUUGAAAGGUGCAAGGCGAAGGAGAGAUCCAUUUCCGUGAAGAACUCUCAAGUGGGAGAAGUUACCUUUGAUAAUUAUGAUGAUAAUUAUGGCACUGAUGAAAAAAAACAAAAUGGAGAAACCAUAUAUCCGAAUGUGGAUCAUAAAAAUGAGAUACCAUAUAAACGCCCUGAUUCUGAAGCACAUUUUGAUAGAAAAACGAAGUUUAUACAAGACAACGGCGAUUUGCAGUAUAAAAUGAAUAACCAUGAAGCAUCGCGUAAAAGCAUGCUUAACAUAAAAAAUGAACAAGAUGUUCAGAAAGAUAAAAAUUGUUUGAAUGAUAGCAAACGAAUCGACAAUUACAAUUUCUUAUGCGAAAGUAGUACAACUCUAGAGAGUGAUGUAAACAUAAGUGAAAACGAAGAAAGAGAAGAAAAAAAAAAAAAAAUUAAAAAUAAAAACUUCUCCCAUUAUAAUGAUCCCAUGUGCAAUGAUGUAAAUUUUGCACAAAUGAGGAUAAGUCAUGAAAAGAAAAAUGAGUAUCAGUAUAUAAACGAAUUGACACACUGUUAUGAAGAAAUUUUGAACAAAAAUAAUUUUUACUAUAUCAUAUACUUUUAUUACAUAAAUGAUGUGCUACGUUUUAGUAAUUAUAUUUUGUCCAUUAAGAUGUUGUAUAGACCAAUAUUAACCCAUGUUUACUAUGACAAAAGUGACAUAGAGGAAAAGAAAGAAGAAGAAGAAGAAGCAGAAAUGGAAGAAAAAGGAGAGAAAAAAAGGUAUUUCAAUGAGUCCAACUUAUCGUACAUAUCUAGUAUGUCCCAUACAACGAAUAAGCAUCAUACAUCUAGUGAAAGAUUUUUAAUAAUACUUGAUGCGUUUUAUAAUUUAUUUUGCUUUAAGAUUAGUAAAAUAAAAGCUAAUGAUACAGAAAAAUCAGAAUAUUUUUUAAAAUCAGAAAAUGUUUUCAUUUUACCCCUGAAUAAGGAUAAAGCCUUUAUUGAACCGAUUUGCUUCUAUGCAUUGUUUGAUAUUUACAAUUAUGUAUUUCUUAAUUAUGAUAAUUCUGUUUAUUUUCUGCACAUUUAUCAGGACAAUGAUAAUUGUUAUGAUUUUGAAUUUACUCGUAUUUUCAGCACUAAUGUAGACUAUUUAGAAGUUGUAAAAGGAUAUAAAAAAUCCAGUUACUACUCCCUCCCAGCACCAAUAAAAUAUUUGUGGCCAAAGCCUAUGUAUUACACCUAUUUGUUUUACUAUUAUAUGGUUUAUGUAAUGUAUAGCAUUAAUUGGGUAUGUGAGAAAUCGAGUCGUGACAAUUAUUCCAAUCCAAUAUUUUCAAGCGUUCACAGGGAGGAAGUAAAUAAAGAGGAAGGGACAAAUGGUGAGAAAAAUCAACUGGAGAAAACGAAGGGAGAAAAAAAAUUAAAUGAACUGAAGGAGGUACAAAAUAGGGAUCUUAUGCAAGUUAAAGAAUUAUUAAACAAUGUAAAAACAGAAUCUGGGAAUAAUGCGAAGCAAUUUCAUGAAUUACCAAAUUGCGAACCAUUCGAAUGUUCAUUAGAAUCAUCCUCUUUUGAUUUCUUCACUCCGAAUCGAUCGAAGGGUGUUACAUUUAACAAGCAGUUCAACUGUUUUGAAAAAACUUUUAAGAACAAACUAAAUAGACAUUCUACCAAUUAUAGGAGUUUAAUUCGAUUAAAAAAGAAAAUGAAUAAUGCAGACAUGGAACGAUGGGAGAAAUCAAAAAAUGAAGCACUUUUUUACAUUAGUAAUUUUAAGAACGUUUUAAAAAAUAAUUUUUUAUAUGAUAAAAUUAUUAUGAGGAGAAACAAAAGGAACAAAAAUCAUGCCUGCAUGGAUGUACACUUGUGCAAAAGGUGUAAGACGUGCAAGAGAGGCAUGUUAUGUCAGAGGAAUGGCCAAACAUUAGAGAAAUUUUUUCUUUCAGCACUUUUCCAUAUGUUACAUUCUGAUAAAAAAGUUGUAAAUAAAUUGAACAAAAAUGUGCUUAAAUAUAGUUUCCACUUCAUUAUUGAAGAGAUAGAAAAUAAGAGGAAUGCAUGCUAUUUAUACAUAAGUAGUAACAAAACGAUGAGUGUAAUAAGUAUAAGUAAAUGUUCCAAUCAAUUUUGUCUAUUCGAUGCAUUAAAAAAUAAUAACAUGUUUUUUUACAACAAUAGGUAUGUUAAUUGUCCAUUGCUGAUUUAUAGAUAUUUAAAAUUAAACGAAUUUAUUGAUAGCCAUAAUUGCCAUUUGCAUCACUUGAUACAUCAUAUGGGAUUAUAUGUACAUAUUGUGUGCAAUCAAAUAUGGAAUGGAGGAAAAAAAACUAUUUUAAAUGAAAAAGAGGGAUAUAUAUUAAAGAAAACAGCAGAACAUGAACAAUGGAGAGAAAUUACAAGGGACAUGGCAAAAACAAACAAUGCAAAUUCAUAUUCAUCCUCUUCAUCAUACGAUGUGAUCAGCUUUAAAAUAAAUAAUUAUAUUAAUAUAAUUUUAUUAAAAUUUUUUAAAUUAUAUAGUGAUGUAUAUUCUUUUAUAAAAAAUAAGAACCAACCUAUUUAUGACAGAAAAUCACGAAAAAAAAAAAUUGGAAAUAUAAUAAUUAAUAUUAUAAAAAAAUAUAUCAAUUCAAAUAUAUUUUCAAUAAAUAUAUUAGAUGUUGUUUUGUAUAAAUCUCUUAAAAAAUUAACUGAUUUUUACAUUGCAGCAUAUAAAAUUGUGUACAACUAUAUCACCAGGCUCAGAGAAACACCAUAUUAUAAUGUUUUAAUUAAAAAAAAUAGAGACGAAUGCAUUUUGAACAUAUCCCUAACACUUUUAUAUUCUCGAUUUCUCUCCAAAACGUAUAAAGAAAGGCAUCAUGUGAGUAGAUUAAAAGAGAUUCUAUUUCUCCUCUUACAUAGAACUGAGGGCAUUAACCAGAAUGUACGGUUUUUUGUCCAAAAUGGGGAGAAACAAGUGGAAAAGUAUAAAUAUGGAGAGAAUUUGAACGAUGGUAAGGAAAAAUCUCAUAACAGAUGUGAUAAACCAUCUGUACAGUUACCUGAGCAAAGAACUGAGAAAAGAUUAAGGGAGGAAUUCUUUUCAUUCUUGAACGAAAUGGGCUCAAGUGUACCCCCAAGCGAUAUACCCAAAAUUAACCUUUUAAAGAAAAAUGUAAAGGAUGAACACAUCAACCACAUGAUUUUAUAUUUACUGAAGUUGAGAGAAGGAGUAGAAGCUUCGCAUGGAAGCACGUAUAUGAAAUCAUCCCAAGAAUUGCACAUGGAAGAGAAAGAACUACAAAAUCAGCCGUUCGAUUUCAAAAGUGAUUACGCUUACAAAAUAAACUCUAACGUUUACUAUGCUGCUUUAUACCUGUUAUGUGUGUUGAAAAGGAAUGAGGUUUUCCACUUAUUUGUUGUACUAAAGAUACUACAAAAGUUUUGUAAAUUUCACAUUUCAGAAGUUGUAAUAAAUGUUAUAAGGAAGACGGAUCCUUACGUUAGUGCCAUACUAAUAUAUGCCCUAGGAAAUUACACACCACAUAAUUUUAUGCAGCUAUGUUUACAAUACCAGAGAUAUAACAUAUGUUCAUUAUACAUAAUUAAUAUACAAAAUUAUAUUGGUAUUUACAACGUUCGGAAGUAUUAUUGUAUGUACUUUCUUUGUAUGAGUUUGAGAAAUAAUAUAAAAUAUUCAGCAAGUCUAAUUCAUUACAUAUCCAUAUUAUUUUACAUUCUAUUUGAAAAUAACAGAAAUGAUCGUGUAUUUCAUUGCAAUUAUUUUGGGUUAAAAGAUGAAGUAAAAAAAAAUAUAUAUAUAAAUUUAAAAGUAUCAAAAGGAACAAAUAAUUAUGACAAUUUUCUCUUCUACCUUUUGUGUGCAAAUACUUUAAAUAAAAUUAAAUUUAGAAAACAAAAUGGUGGAGAUUUUUUACACUUUUUACUUGAAAACGCUUCUAUCGAUAAUGUCCAGCUUCUCAAAAAAAAAAAUAUUAAUGCAUAUAACGAAAUUUCAGCGCAGAGGAAAUGCUCAAAUCAGGAUAAUUACUACAUCUCCAAUGAUGAUUCAGAAGGAGAGGACAGAAAUAAACUCGGUUUAAAAAUUAAAAGUUUUUCUUUUAAAAAAUUUAAAAUGAACAAAAUUGUGUACGAAUUCUUUUACAAUCAAGAUAUAAUAAACUUUUCUCAUAACAAUUUAUAUUCAUUUUCUAAAUUACACUCUUGUAAUAUCAGUCUACUGGAUUGUGCAAUAUUAUCGGGAAUAUGUAACGAUGGAGCAAGAGUCAUAAUGAAUAAUAUCCCCAAUCUGCAAGAAUCUCAUAACCAAAUCCAGGAAGAGGAACACGAUAUGAGCCUAAAAGAUGUACAAAAUAUAUAUGCAAGAUUUAUCCUGUUAAUACAAAACAUAGUAUGCUAUUAUAUACGUAACAUGUUGUGGUUCGAGUUAUACUAUUUUCUAACAGGUCUAAAAAUAGAUGUUCUUUCUUUUUUUUCGCAUUCUUAUUUUUUUAAAUCAAAUUUAUUUCAAAACACUUUUUGGGGAAUAUGCCCUAUAGACGUGUCUCAAUAUAAUUAUACCAAUAUGGACAUUUAUUUUGUAAACUUGAAUAACUCUGAAAGUUCUUUAAGGGAUAAAUCAACCUUCAUGAAUGAUGUGAAAUGUGAAAAAAAAAGAAGAAGCGCUGAAAAUGAAUAUUCAGAGAACCAACAUAAGGGUCAUCUGAACCAAGAAACUUGUAAAAAAGAAAUGAAAAAAAUAAUAUUCGAGAACAGGGACUCCAGCAUUUAUAAUGAUAAAUGUCAUGAGGAAGAUAGUCUUAGUGAUGAGUAUAUCCAACCGGAAGUUGCACCACUUCAAAAUAGAUCGAACAGUUUUAAGGCGAAUUAUGAAGAACAUAUGAAAUAUAUAUAUCACAUGAAAAAUCUCAAAAUCAUUUUUGAUAAAAUGGAAAAAGAAAACGAAUCUAUUAAUAAAUCUUUUUCACAGCAAGAAUCUCCAAAUUGCUUUCUUAUUGAUAUUUACAAAUCUUUUAAGAAACAUUUUAAUAUAAAUUUCUCUAUAAGGAAGAGAGAAAACUUCAAAAGGAAAGGAACUUUCAACCUAAGGGAGGAAAACAUUUGCAAAUUGAGCAAACAAGAAAUACAAUAUAAGCAAAACGAAUAUCGAAAAAAUUUACAUUCGUAUAAUAUAUAUAAUAAACUCACAAAUUACACAUUUUUGGAAACUUAUUUUAUGCCAUCUGUGUAUAAAUACAUACCUGUUUACAAUACAUUAAAGUAUUUAUGUUAUUAUUUUCGGGUUUGUAAUAUAGACAAUAAGGAACAUUCCAAGAGGUAUUUAAAAUAUCAAAUUAAAAAAAGAAUUUACAACUAUAUUUGCAACACUAUAAUCGAUUUUAAAAGAGAAAUAAUGGACAAUGAUAAAUAUUCUGGAAUGAAAAGAGAAGAAAAAAAAAAAAAAAAAAGAAAGUUAUCUUUUGUUGAAAUAUGCUGUAUUCAAAAAAAUGAUAUCAUAUGGUUUUUAUUAAGAAUUUUUUUAUUAUUAAAACUUCCAUUGCAUGCCCUGGCUUUAAUAUUAUACUGUAAAAAUUAUGUAAUGCUUAACAUUUUAUUAAGCUUAUUUCCACGUUUUUAUCACAUUAUUAAUUAUAUUAUAAAUAUGAAUGGAAAUCAUUUUGCAUAUAAAAAAGAGGAAGGAAAUAGAAACAACAAAAACAGCAGAAUCACAAAAUAUGAUCACAGUGCAAAUGCUCAAUUUAUAUUAUCUAAUGAAGAGUUCAAUAAAAAAUUUUGUGAAUAUUGCUACAAGUCUAUUCUCCAUUACAAGAGAAAAAAUAUAACACCUUUCUCAAAUAAAAUAUGUGAACAAGUUUAUAAAAAAAAUUUCAGCACAUGUCGAGAAGACAAUACUACUAUAUAUGAUCAUUAUAUGACCUGCGAAUGUUUAAGUAACUUGAUUUUCUUGCGAAAAAGGUUGCUUAAUUUGAGAAAGAGUAUAUAA